AUGAAGGCAAGGGGAAUAAACUCCAAAACUCCCUGUCCAGGACUUGGCCUGUUCUAUACACUGUUGUCUGCCUUCCUCUUCUCAGUGGCUUCUUUAUUUCUAAAGAUGAUUGAAGAUGUGCAUUCAGUAGAAGUCAGUGCCAUUAGAUGUGUUUUCCAAAUGGCAUUUGUGCUUCCAGGUGUAAUAUACUACAAGACAGGAUUUCUGGGACCAAAAGGCAAACGAGUCUUUCUUUUCUUCCGAGGAUUACUUGGCUCUGGUGCAAUGAUUCUCCUCUAUUAUGCUUACCAAGUGAUGCCUCUUGCUGAUGCUACGGUCAUUACUUUCAGCAGUCCAGUAUUCACAUCACUGCUGGCUUGGAUAUUUCUGAAGGAGAAAUACAGUCCGUGGGAUCUUCUUUUCACCCUGUUCACAAUCACUGGAGUGGUGCUGAUUGCAAGGCCACCUUUUUUGUUUGGAUCCAAAGUCAUAGAAAUUGAAGGAAGCUACACAGAUCAUCUCAAAGGGACAAUUGCAGCUUUGUCUAGUGCAAUAUGCACUGCUUCAACUUUUGUGAUCCUAAGAAAGGUGGGCAUAUCUGUGCACUAUUUUUUGUCCAUCUGGUAUUAUGCAGUAAUUGGAUUAAUAGUCUGUGUAAUAGCGCUUUCUGUAAUGGAUGUAUGGACUUUACCUCAUUGUGGCAAAGAUAGAUUUCUCCUAAUAUUAAUUGGACUAUUUGGGUUGGGUGGUCAGAUAUUUCUUACAAAAGCAUUGCAAAUAGAGAAAGCAGGUCCAGUUGCUAUAAUGAAAACGAUGGAUGUUGUAUUUGCUUUUAUCUUUCAAAUUCUUUUCCUCAGUCACUUGCCCACUUGGUGGACAGUAGGGGGAGCCCUUUGUGUAGUAGCUAGCAGCUCUGGAACUGUUAUUCGGAAAUGGAGGCAAAGUUCAAAAGAAGCUAAACACACUGAAAUCUAACCAGUUUGCUACUGUUCCAUUGCUCAAACACAGCGAAGUAUUAUGAUUAUGUUGCUUAUUUUAAAUAAUUUGUGUAUUUAUCUUUUUUUUCUCCAAAGGACCAGUGCUAUCUUCCUUGUAAUUAGA